AUGUCCUCAAGCUCGGGGACGCCGUACAUCUUCUCGCCGGCAGAUCACGGGCAUCUGAUUCCCUACCUUGCAGCAUUGCACGCCGCCUGUAUCAGCUCAGAUCGAACUCUCGCCACCUUCUUACCACCGCUGUCACACGAAAAGCUACUGGGAUGGUGGAAGGACCGCAUAGCAGAGGUGACUGCUGGAACCCGGAUAAUGCUGAUUCUCCUCGACGAAUCCGAGCCGGGCAGCAAGCCCAAGGGAACCGAGCUCAUGGGCGUGGUCAUGCUGUCGAUGCCCUACUCGGAGACGGGCCCGUUCCGCGGCUCCGUCGAGAAGCUCCUCAUCAGCCCCAAAUUCCGCCGGCGAGGCGGUGCUAGGACGCUGAUGAGCGCAUUAGAGGGCGAGGCCGUUCAGCGAGGACGAACGCUGCUGAUGCUUGACACGGAAGCUGGCAGUCCGGCGGAAGAGGUGUUCAAUAAGCUCGGCUACAUUGAGGUCGGGAGAGUUCCUAACUACGGCAUCAGCCCUGCCGUUCCACGACAGCUGAAGGAUGAGGUGUUCUUCUAUAAGCAGCUCACAACCUAG